GCUUACCUCACAUCAACUGAAGCUGUUUCAAAGGCCAGUGUAGAGAAAUGGCUGAUGUUUUACACAUGAUGUUAGCGAGCCUUAUUGUAAACUAGCUUUCAUCUUAGUAAAGGAAAUGGCACCUGACUGGAUAAAUGUUGGCACUGAAGAGGCGAACAGUUCUACUGCAGCGGUUGUUGGCAUAGAUGGAAUAAAGCUGACUCUUGAUUCUGAAAAUGUAGAGAAGAGAGAGUGCAUUUAAAUUAAAGGUUUGAGAAGAGGCUCUAUUCACGCUUACGUCACAAUCCAAGAAGACGUUUAGAAACAUGCGAUGAAAACUUCCGAUGUAAUUACUGACAUUGUGCUCGGAAAUAAUUGGAAAUAAUCUUGAAAUAUGGCUCAUCUCUUGUGUCAGUGGAGAAAUGAUGAAAACUGAGGUAUGGUUGUAAUUGUUGAUUAGCCGAACAUAACCGAACGCUACAAUGACAUAUAGAUGAAGAAAGCUGGUACAUUUUCAAAUUUUUCUUAGAUUUUGUCAGACUUAUUACGGUGAACAGAGCCUGCCGGAAGUUGUCAUCGCAUAUUUCCAAACAUCUUCCUGGUUUGUGGCCUAAGCCUGAAUAGAGCGAGCGUGUGGCAGGCUGUGAUUGGCUGACAGCUUUCUUCCUGGUUGAAUUAGCUCCAACUUUAUUUUGAGUUGUGGUUUCCAAGCAACACAUGUUCCCAGGUGCAAAGGUUAAGUGUUAGCCGCAGUUGCCAAAACCAUAUGGGGAGCACUAUGUUAUGCCCACUGAUGCAUAGCUGGACAUGUUUGGAGGACUCUGUUCGACCUUUGACACCACGCUCCAAUAAUUUGGAUGGAUUAAACUAGAUUAGCCACUAGAGCUGCUGAUGAGAGGAUUAGACAGCAGAAACCAAAGCAUCCCGCAAACAAGAUUUAGCGAUAACAGUGAUUUUGAGUGUGCCAGUGUAAAGAUAAUUUCACUAAGAUCUUUAUCGAUUGACAAGAAUGAUUAGUUUACACAGUCAGCUAAGAAAAGAUGGUACUUAAGCAGGGGAUGCCAGCCAGCACUUUGUUUUGUUUUUAUUUUCUGCAGAUAAAUCGCCACCAUCUCACCCUUUUUGACACCUCUAUCUUCACAGCUCUCAUUGCUUUGAGUGACCAUGUGUGUCCCUGAUUGGCCCAAUUGAAAACAGGAAGAUUCAGUGGUGGCCAGACUCACAUUUUUGUAAAGUAUUACAAAUUACCCUGGCCCUCCCCUGUGAUCACAUUACACAGGAGCCCAGCCGAUGGACCACAACUGCCCCUCGGCCCCUGCCUCUCUGUGGGAAGCUAUGUGUGCAUCUCUGACCCGGGAUUUCCCAUAAGGCCGUGCACGUGUUCAACGGGUUGCUAGCUGCCAAAUAUGUGACCUUUUUUGCUUUCAACUCCUCCCUGGAAGAUUCCCCUUCACAAAAGAAAACAAAUGCUGCUCUGGUUAUGUGAAAUCACCUCAAGGUUGCAGUAGGAGGAAAAGGGAGAGGAGCGACCCCACCCUUUUCACACAGUUUGGAGUGAGGGACCCUGCUGUCUCGAAAAAGUCACAUGGUCCACUACAGUCUCCAGCACCCAAACAAAAAGAAGGCAUGCCGGAUCUUGCACCUACCACACUGCGCAUUCUUCACAUUUUUAUGAGCUUCAACUUCUAUUAUGGGCCUGCAGACUUGUUACGGCUUGUUCGAAGUUGGCUCCUUCCUUCAUCCUCAUUUUUGCAUUUGUACACCAUUCAUACAAGUUCGAGCCCGUCGGCUAGAAACAAAAGCUCCAAUUUGUUUUCACUUGACUAAAAGGACAUUCAACAUGGCUGCCCCCCUCAAGACGGUUUGCGUUUGUAUGUGAAGAAACUAUAAUGGAUUACAGGUGAAGAAAUAACAUCUCAGUGGAGACAAGCAGGGAGUCUAGCCUCCAUCAGAAAGGCAUCAUGGAGAUUAAAGAUGUGCUCCAGUGUGUUCUGCAAAUUGACAAAUUUAAUGCAGAGAGAAACUACAGCGACAUGUUGGUGCUUCUUGGUGACCUGGAUAAGCACCAUGUAUCUGCCGAACAACUGGAAACUACAGACAUUGUCAAAGUUUUAUACCGAAUCCUCAAAUCCUGCAAAAACAGCGAUGUGAAAAAGAAUUUGAAGACUAUAUUGGCAAAGUGGAAAAAAGGAUAUAGCAAAGAAAAAGAUGUGAAGCUGGAGCAUGCAGGAAAGACUGAUUUGGCGUUAAAAAGUGAGAUUAAACCCACACUGGAACAAAACGAAGAUAAAUCCAAGACAGAAAAUGUAAUCCUUUCUUCAAAUUUAUCACCUGUUCGAUCUAAAUGCGUCCAGCUUCUUCUGUCUGCCAUUUGCACGCAAUCUAGUGACCACGACAAAGCUUUAAAACUCACUGAAGACAUUGAAAACCACAUUUAUGAAUUACACAAAUCAAACAUACCCAAAUACAAAAAUUGUGUCCGAAGCAAGAUCUCUAACCUGAAGAAUCCCAAAAGCGGCCAUCUUAGGGAGGGGCUUUUAAACGGAUCUCUAUCACCCCAAGUUUUUGCUGUAAUGUCGACGGAAGAAAUGGCAAGUCCAGAUUUAAAACAGUUAAGGCAAGAAUACUCAUCUCAAAGUGUGAAUGAAAGACAGCUACCUCAAAGUAUAGAAGGGACGCCCACUCAGAAGAUCCGGUGUAAGAGAUGUGAUAGUAUGGAUUGUAGAGUGACACAGGUAUCACGGGGUGCCCUGUUCCUGCCCGCUUGGGUCAAACAGAGUGGACCAGAUGACGACUCAAUGACCUUUGUGAUCUGUAGUGCGUGUGGACAGCAGUGGUAUCAUAACAGCUGGGUUUGCCUUUAAAAAUCAUGAAUAAAUGUCCUUUCAAAUUA